CCAUCUCCAAUACACGUAUUGCGGUGUAAAACCGAAAAACAGAAAAGAAACAGAAAAAAGGUUAGAAGUUAAGAGAACUUGCGCCGUUGUUCUGGAGAAGAAGAGUGCAGACCUUCUUCUUCCUCUGUAUUCUAGAACUCCAACUACAACUCCACAACCUUAAUCUCAAAUUCUCAAUUCAAAAAACUUUACUUUACCAAAAUUCAAAUAUGGAGGGCUCUACAGCCAAAAUCGCCGAUGUCCGUUCAGUUGUUGAGGCUGUUUCCGGUGAAGAUUACGACGUCCCAAUUUACGAGGUCGAAAGCCUCUGUAUGCGCUGCGGCGAUAACGGUACUACAAGAUUAAUGCUUACUCAAAUUCCUCACUUUAGAAAGGUUCUAUUGUCGGCUUUCGAGUGCCCUCAUUGUAAUGAGAGGAAUAAUGAGGUUCAAUUUGCGGGUGAGAUACAACCACGAGGAUGUUCUUACACUCUAAAGUUACCGGCUGGAGAAUCGCAGAUGCUUAAUCGACAAGUUGUGAAAUCUGAAUCUGCAACCAUAAAGAUUCCUGAACUGGAUUUUGAGAUUCCUCCAGAGGCUCAGCGUGGGAGCUUGUCAACUAUAGAAGGAAUAUUGACUCGAGCUGCAGAUGGAUUGGAGACACUUCAAGAAGAGCGAAGGAAAGUGAACCCUAAAACCGCCGAAGCAAUAGACCAAUUUCUUUUGAAGUUGAGGGAUUGUGCAACUGCCAAAUCGUCCUUCACUUUUAUUCUGGAUGAUCCUGCAGGCAAUAGUUUCAUUGAUAAUCCGUUUGCUCCAUCUGCGGAUCCAUCGCUGUCUCUUCAAUUCUAUGAACGAAAUCCUGAGCAGCAAGAAGCACUUGGCUAUAUUGCUAGCUCUUCUCAAGCAGGAGAGCCUGAGGGAGCAGUGGCAGGAACAUCAAACCAUACUACUGGUCAGGUCGCUAGGGAGCCACACGGGACAGUUGGAGCUAGGGAUGGUCGCCGUGCUAUAGCGCAAGCUAAUACAACUGAAAUAGUUGAUGCAUUAUGCCGUUACAGUGCCCCAGAAGAGGUGAUGACUUUCCCAUCAACAUGUGGAACCUGUGAUAAAAACUGCGAGACUAGAAUGUUCGUUACUAACAUCCCAUACUUCAAAGAAGUAAUUGUCAUGGCAUCAACUUGUGAUCAUUGUGGUUACCGUAAUUCUGAGUUGAAGCCCGGAGGCAGCAUUUCUGAUAAAGCAAGGCGGACCACAGUUACUGUAAAGAAUGUCAAAGAUCUGAACCGUGAUGUAAUUAAGUCAGAUAGUGCCAGUAUUAAGAUUCCAGAAGUUGAUUUGGAGCUUGGUAGUGGCACUUUGGGAGGCAUGGUCACAACCAUUGAAGGUUUGGUCACCCAAAUCUGUGAAAGUUUAGAGAAAGUGCAUGGAUUUACCUUUGGGGACAGCAUGGAGGAUGGUCGAAAAGAAAAAUGGCUUGAUUUUAACACAAGACUGAAUAAGCUUUUGAGCCUGAAAGAACCCUGGACUUUAAUCAUCGAUGAUGCUCUAGACAACUCGUACAUUGCACCCGUUACGGAUGAUAUCAAGAGUGAUAUUCAACUAAUACAUGAGGAAUAUGAAAGAAGUUGGGAGCAGAACGAGGAAUUUGGCCUAAAUGAUAUGGAUACUUCUUCAGCAGAUGCUGCUUACAACACUAACUAAUUAAUAAUAAACAAGCUACGCGCCCAAGUUUUUCUGUAUCCUUCAACGGGAAGAAUUUUGUUGUAAUAUUUUAGUGUUUUUUUCCUUUUUUUUUUUAAAUUUUAUUUGGAAAUUUUCAGAUCAUUUAGGUCAUGUAACAAUGUUUUUGACUUGAAUUAUAUCAAUGCGAGAUUGUUUGUUUUACA